AUGGACCCACUCUCCUACAAGAUAUGGAUGUGUAUAAUUUUUUCCUACCUGGCUGUCUCGAUGGUUUUGUUUUUCGUCAGCAGAUUCAGCCCUAACGAAUGGCAGAUAGAAGACAGCGUGCACGGGCCUACGUACGUCAAUGACUUCACCAUCCUCAACAGUCUCUGGUUCGCUCUUGGUGCCUUUAUGAGAAGGGGGUGUGAGGUUUGUCCAAGAUCUCUCUCAGGGAGGAUAGUUGGGAGUGCAUGGUGGUUCUUCACCCUCAUCAUCAUCUCCUCAUACACAGCUAACCUGGCAGCGUUUUUAACCAUCGAACGCAUGUUGACUCCCAUAAAAAAUGCCGAUGACCUUUCGAAACAGACGGAAAUUCUCUACGGAACGCUGGACGCCGGCUCCACCCAAACUUUUUUCAGAACCUCAAAAAUUGACGUCUACAAGCGAAUGUGGAACUUUAUGUACAGUCGGCCGAGUGUUUUCGUGAAAACCACCGACGAAGGAAUAGCCAGGGUCAGAAACGCCAAAGGAAAAUAUGCAUUCCUGGUUGAGUCCACCAUGAAUGAUUACGCCAACCAGAGGAAACCGUGCAACACCAUGAAAGUUGGUGACAAUUUGGAUUCCAAGGGUUAUGGCGUGGCCACCUACAUAGGGUCGGAUUUGAGGGAGGGUAUUAACGUGGCAGUGCUAAAGUUGUUGGAGAAGGAAUAUCUCCAGAAGCUUCAGAAAAAAUGGUGGUACGACAAGGGGGAGUGUGGUGGGGGUUCCUCGCAAAGUUCCUUAUCUCUGAGUAACGUUGCAGGCAUAUUCUACAUUCUUAUCGGUGGCUUGGGCCUCUCUAUGAUAAUCGCCUCAUUAGAAUUUUUCUACAAAUCAAGAAUUGAACUUAAGCGACAGAAAGUAUAA